UUCUUCUUCGAGCACAAUGAUUUCUGUCUUUUGAGUAGAUAUACACAACGCAAAAUUAUGUUUGGCGUGUAUAGUGAAAGCUAGAAAAAUAAGGAGUUAACACAAAAGGAAAUAUUAAAUUCUGCUUGCUAGCUAUUACAAACGCUAAGUUAGCUCAAAAUUUCUGACACAGCUAGCUAGCUAGGCUAUCUAGAGUGUGUUGUUAAAUUGACUAGCUAUGCAGGCGAGCUAUCCAUAAUGAUGCCAUUGUUCCAGCCAAGUUUCUGCUGCAACCCGAGUCGAAAUAGCGGCACUAACUAUAGAUAAUUAGAGAAUGGAGAAAGAACAGCGAAACAUCGUAGCCAUCAACGCCUCCAAGAGAGAGCUGUUCACAGCCAAUAAUGGCUAUAAGUCGCUUCAGAAGAGACUGAGGGCACAGUGGAAGAUCCAGAGCAUUAAAGAUGAGCUUUCCUUGGAGAAGCUUAAUGGUGUAAAACUGUGGAUAACCGCUGGGCCCAGAGAAAAAUUCACGGCUGCUGAGCUAGAAGUGUUGAAGCAGUACCUGGAUGGAGGCGGAGCUAUCCUGGUAAUGCUUGGGGAUGGCGGGGAGACGAAGUUCGACACCAACAUCAACUUCCUCCUUGAGGAGUUUGGCAUCAUGGUCAACAGUGACGCUGUGGUGAGGAAUGUUUACUACAAAUAUUUCCACCCGAAGGAAGCAUUAGUGUCCAACGGUGUGUUAAACAGAGAGAUCAGUCGCGCUGCGGGCAAAGUGGUGACGGGGGUCAUUGACGAUGAAAGCGCGGGGAACAAUGCGCAGGCUUUGACCUUCGUGUACCCGUAUGGAGCAACCCUGAGCGUGAUCAAGCCUGCAGUGGCUGCUCUGUCCACCGGCUCUGUGUGUUUCCCCCUCAACCGGCCCGUCCUCGCCUUCUACCAGGUCAAGGAGGGAGGCCGACUGGCAGUGCUGGGCUCCUGUCACAUGUUCAGCGACCAGUACCUGGACAAAGAGGAGAACAGCAAAAUAAUGGAUGUGGUCUUUCAGUGGCUUACGACGGAUAACAUUCUCCUGAACCAGAUAGAUGCAGAGGACCCCGAGAUCACAGACUACACCAUGCUGCCAGACACGGGCUGCCUCUCCGACCGGCUCCGGGUGUGUCUGCAGGAGCGGGACGAGAACCCGCGAGACUUCACCUCCCUUUUCGACACGUCGCUCCUCAAGCUGUCCACCGACUCCCUGCCUCACGUCAUCGGCUCUUACAAGCAGCUGAACGUCAAGCACGAGCCUCUGCAGCUGAUCCAGCCUCAGUUUGAGACUCCCCUACCCACGCUGCAGCCUGCCGUCUUCCAACCUGCCUUUAGGGACCUGCCCCCUCCCACGCUUGACCUUUUUGACCUUGACGAGACCUUCUCUUCGGAGAAAGUGCGGCUGGCGCAGCUUUCCAAUAAAUGCACUGACGACGAUCUGGAGUUUUACGUGAGGAAAUGCGGGGACAUCUUGGGCGUGACUGGGAAACUGGACAAGGAGCAGAGAAAUGCCAAGCACAUCCUGGAGCACAUCUUCUUCCAGGUCGUGGAGUUCAAGAAACUCAAUCAGGAGCACGACAUUGAUACAACAGAAGCAGGACUUUCUCCAUUCUAAAGAAAAGAAAGCUUAUGCUCUUACUGUUCCAAUUUUCUAAGUGCGUUGACAAGGUUUGUACAUGGCAAAUCUGUUUGUGUAUAUAAACCAUGAAUACACUAUUGCAUACCAUACCAAAUAAGAGUGCAAUAAGAGAUUGCUCUUCAAAAUCUUGUUAGAAAUUGUGUCUCUGAUGACAUGACGUUAUGUUUUUAUACGUUGUGCCCCCCUUUGCAUUCAAAAUCGUAUCACUUACUUUUUUAUGACACUUGAUAUAGUCUUCUAUCUGUAAAUAUUCUGAGCAUUUGCCCUGAAUAGGUUGAGAAAUAUUUUUACCUUUUAAAGUCUCUUUACAAGGCAAUAUUUUGUCAUCAUGUUUAUAUUUUUAAGUUUAUAUAAAUGUUUAUAAAGCCAAUUCUAAGUUAAAGUUCAGUAAAAACACUUAUGUAUUGAUGGCUUUCAUCAAUAUAAAUGUUAUUUAAUAUCAACAAUAAAACACAUUUCUUUAA